AAAUUUUUUGUUUCUUUUAGAAACCUAUAUCUAUAUUCUGUAAAUUUGUAUGCUGACUCCAUUUUUGAGGUUUUUUAUUUGGGUUUUAUUAAUAAAAAUACUCGUAAAAGACGUUUUUCUUUCCGCUAAAAAUUUGGGCAGAAUGAUCGUCAGAAAGAGUUCUUGUCGCUAUACUAAUUUUCGCCCUAGAUUCCCAUUGGAUCCGAUUUGGAAUUAGCUCGGAUUUCAUGUGACCGGAUGAUUACAAAUGAUUACAAAUCAAAAAAUUCCAGAUGUUGAUCAAUCGAACCCGG